AUGCGUCUCUUUCUGAUCUUCGUUAUACUAAAAUUUACGCAGGGAGAGAUUUUUAAACCGGCUUUAUCCGUUGAUCCAAUCAUCGAAACUUUGGAAAAAUGGAAAAAUGCUGAAGAUGGGAUCGAGAGAAUGCAGCUCGUUGAAACAAUCGUGAAAACUUUUCGCAAAUGGUAUAAACCGUUUUUGUUGUUGGUGAAUGGAGAUAAAGAGAAGAGUUCAUUGGAAAAGAAAGCGUUCAAGAGAUUCAGCGAUUGGUUCCACAAAUAUGUUUUCAUUGAAAGUGCUCUCAAAAUAGGGGAAAACUAUAUUGCAAAAUCGGAAGAUUCAUUCAAAUAUGAGAAUAACACACAUUGGGUAAAGGAUGUACGAGAAUACGCUAAAACGAUUUACGAGAGAAUUGAUGAACUCAAAUUCAAUGGAACUUUACAAAAUAAAACUCAUUUCUCAUGUGAACGAAUUUCUAAUUACGAUCGUGCAAUGAAAAUGCUUUUCAAUUGCAAACUGAAAAGCGAUGUUUUCGAGAGAUUUUGGACGGCCGUCAAUGAAUUUCAGAAAAGCGUUUAUGAGAAAUUUCCGACGCAGGACUCGAGAGAAACGGAAAACGAGUAUAUGGAUAUUUCGUUGAAAGUGAAAAGACUGAGGGAAAACGAUGUGAAAGAGCUGAACAAGUUCGAUUUUGUCAAAGAACAGGUUCUUAACGAUAAAAAAUUGUCGAGUGAGGAUCGGAAGAAAAUUGCGGAGAACUUGGAGCAAGUGUUGGCUCGGCUGAAUGAUCUUUUGCAUAGUUGCUUUAUGGAGCGAGUCAUUUACGGGAAUUUCUUUCAUCGUCAAACCAUCGCUGCCUUUGUUGAUCAAAUGAUCGGUGCUUUGACUAAAUUUGCUCUCUCGGUCCCAGCGUGUUACUUGAGCGAAACUCACGCAGAUUAUCACACGCAGAGCAUCUUGAGUCGUUUUGAUGCCGCCAAAAAUAUCACUAUCUGGUUGUACAAUAAGCUGAGCAAUACCACCGCUGUAGAGGAGGUUUUGGCAAAAAGAACGAUCACAAAUUUUUUGUCCAAAAAAUACUUUAAAAAACUGAACUUUGCGACGGGUCAAGUGAUUGGUGCUUGCGAUUAUCAACUUUUGGCUGAAGAAAUUAGUGAAACUUUGAAGGAUUUGGGAUUCGUGGACGUCCGACGUCAAAUCCUCGUCCUUCCCACAAGUUCCAUUCAAAUCUCUUCACAUUUCGUUUGUCCCCAAAAUUCUUGCAUUCUCAUCAAAAACGAACGCGGAGUGGAUGUAAUGAUCACUCAUUUUGACGACCAGCAACUCGAUCAUCUAAAAGAAUUCAGUCCAUUUGUGGAAAAUGAGAAAAAGAAGAUCCUUGAUGUUGUCAAGAAAAAUUCUUGGGAAGAUUUCGGGAAAUUGAUGGAAUUGUUGGUGAGUGGUGGUGUUGCUUUCACAAAUGAAACGCUUUCUCGAAGUUUUGCGAUGGUUCGCCACAAGAUUUCGGCUUUCAAGGGUAUGUGCAAUGUGAGCGGUGAGACAGUCUCGUAUCGUUUGAAUCGAGUGCAAACGGAACACAUCUUCCAUUACACAAAUGUGAUCGAUCGAGGCGUUUUCGAUGAUUACACUUGUUAUUCUUUUUAUUUCUUUGCA